AUGUCAAUCAUGUUUUGCAUUCCUCUUGUUGAGUGUGUGUACUGUCUGGCUUGUACUCGUUGGGCUUCGGAAAGAUGUCUUCAUACUGCAGGCCAUGACAGUGAGACUUGGGGCUUUGCCACUGCAGAAGAAUUUGAGCCAAUCCCUCGCCUUUGCCGCUAUAUUUUAGCUGUGUAUGAAGAUGAUCUUCGCCACCCCAUUCGGGCACCUCUUGGUGGCUAUGGAAUUAACCCUGAUUGGUUAAUACACAAAAUGACAUAUGAAGAUACCAAAGGGAAGGCUCCACCAUAUAUACUGUAUCUUGAUCAUGAUCAUGCUGAUAUAGUUCUUGCCAUUAAGGGUCUAAAUUUGGCAAAGGAGAGUGACUAUGCAGUUCUGUUGGACAAUAGACUGGGGAAGAAAAAGUUUGAUGGGGGGUAUGUGCAUAAUGGGUUGUUGAAGGCUGCUGAAUGGGUUUUGGAUGCUGAAUGUAAAGUUCUGAAGGAGUUGGUAGAGAAGCACCCAGAUUAUACUUUGACUUUUGUUGGACAUUCACUUGGAUCUGGUGUUGCUGCUAUGUUGAGCUUGGUGGUGGUGAAGAAUAGAGAUAGAGUGGGAAAUAUUGAGAGGAAGAGGGUCAGGUGCUAUGCCAUUGCACCGGCUAGGUGUAUGUCGCUGAAUUUGGCAGUCAGAUAUGCAGAUGUCAUCAACUCCGUUGUGCUGCAGGAUGACUUCUUACCAAGGAUAGCCACUCCAUUGGAAGAUAUAUUCAAGUCUCUUUUCUGUUUGCCAUGCCUAUUGUGCUUGAGGUUCAUGAGGGAUACAUGUAUACCGGAGGAUAAGAUGCUCAAAGAUCCAAGGAGACUCUAUGCACCCGGUCGCCUUUAUCACAUUGUUGAGAGAAAGCCUUUUAGAAUGGGAAGGUUUCCCCCAGUUGUCAGGACAGCAGUGCCAGUGGAUGGAAGAUUUGAGCAUAUAGUCCUUUCUUGUAAUGCCAUAUCUGAUCAUGCCAUCAUUUGGAUAGAGAAAGAAGCCCAGAGGGCUCUGGAUCUAAUGCUGGAGAAAGAUCAUAGCAUGGAAAUCCCUGGAAAGCAAAAGAUGGAGCGUCAAGAAACACUAACUAGACACAGUGAUGAAUAUAAAGCAGCAUUACAAAGGGCUAAAACAUUAGAUGUUCCACAUGCUUAUACACCACCAUCACAGUAUGGCACUUUUGGUGAGGAAGGAGAAGAGAGCUAAAAAAUAUCAC